UUUUUUACUUUUUUAUUUAUACAAAUUUUCUAACAAACAAACAAAAAAGCGAAAAAUCUCCCAGGUACUAAAAAAAUAUAUAAAAUUGUGUGAAGUGAAGUGAUAAUAAUAAAAACGUAAAAAUGAAUGCACGGUCUCAAGUUUUUGAGUUGACAAUGGAAGGUCGUCAAGUGGACGAAGCCGUUGCGAGUAUAUUCCAUACAGUGUUAUUUCAUCGAUCGUUAGGUAAAUUUAUAUAUAAUGCGGAGGGUAGUUAUUCGGUUGGUACAGUGGGUUAUACAGAUGUUGACUGUGAUUUUAUUGACUUUACUUACGUUUGUUGUACAUCAAGUACUUUAGAUCGUACUCUUAAACGUGAAAUAUCUGGAUUCUCAGAAUUAUUACGUGGUAACGAAGGUAGUGGUACCGGACAAAUUAGUUUAGAGUUCUUUCAAAAGAAACGUAAUCGUUGGCCGUUUCAACCAGAAUGUAUACCUUGGGAAGUGUGGACUGUACGCUUAGAAUUAAUUAAUUUAAAUAGUGAGGACGAACGACAAGUUUGCAGGGAAAAAGUGGGAGAAAUGUUAACUGAUAAAAUCUUAUAUAUAACAGAGAUUAUGAAUCGGCAUGAUUAUGUACCAAAAAUGCCAAACCAAUCAGAGUUGGAAUUAAUAUUCGAUACUUCGUAUGCGGAUGUACAGCCUUAUUUAUUUAAAUUUAAUUAUAGCACGGCAGGGCCGUCAAGUACAUCUGUUGGUUCGACAAUGAAAAAAUUAAUACGUGAAACUUUAGCACUAUAGCAAAGUUAUUAAAAAAACACGAUUUCAAAAAAUAAUAUAACAAUUUUUAAAUGUCCGUCCGUGU